UACUUUCUUUAUCUUGUGUGGAAUCAAAAACUCUUCUCUUAAAGCAUUUUAAGAUCUCCUAACACCCCCACAAUUAAUUUGUGGCUCUAAAUCUUUCUUUCUAUUUUGAUGACUUGGCAUUUCACCUUCAUUUACACCCCCACAAUCUCCCAAUUCCUAUAUAUUCUCUACUCUCACCUUACAACAGCUGAUCAUCCUAAAAGUCAGGGAAACAACAAACAACACAAAGAAACACACACAACAACAAAAGAGAAAAAAAAAAAAAAAGACAGCUUUUUUUUUUAUAAAAAUUUUCUCUUUGUUCUAGUAAAAAAAAUAUGUCAGGAACAAAUAUUAUGCUUUUUGGGAAGAUGAUUCAAUUGGGUUCAAAUUUAGAGGAGGAUGUUGUUAGAUUCGUCUCGAGAAUUGAGCAUGAGGUGGUCUUUUCAGAUGAUGAUUGUGGAAGUACUGGUUUUGAUCAGAAGAUUCUCUGCUCAGAACAGAAUGAAAACAGGGGAUAUCAUGAGGAAACUACAACAGAAGAAUCAAUGGAAACCAAGGAAAACCGAGAACCAUCAUUAACCUCAGUUUUAGAAGUGUCAAAAACACCAACUAGCCCUUGUUCAACUGAUACCGGGAACCCGGAAACUGUUACCAAACAGCAAGUAACUUCAUCAGAAGACCUUGUUAAGAAAAACCGAGAUCAAAGUGAUCAAGGAAGCAGUAAUUCUAUGUCAUCAGAACAAAACAAUUUGAAAAAACCUGAGAAAAUUGUCCCUUGUGCUAGAUGUAAUAGCAUGGACACAAAAUUCUGUUACUUCAAUAACUACAAUGUUAACCAGCCGCGUCACUUCUGUAAAAACUGUCAAAGGUACUGGACUGCUGGUGGUUCCAUGAGGAAUGUUCCUGUGGGUGCUGGUAGGCGGAAGAGCAAGAAUUCCGCGGCUUCUCAACACCGUCAUCUAGUGUUUCCUGAAGGUUCUGAUGGGUUAAUCCAUCAUGUUAUGAGACCUGAUGGAACUAUACUUGCAUUUGGGAUGGAUUCAUCUGUUCCUAAUCAAUCAAAUGCCUCAAAUGGGUUCUUCAUUUCAGAGAAUAGUGAGAAGAAAAGUUCGAAUUGCAGCAUUAUUGAGAAUAACAGUAAUGGAAAGAUUGAAAGUUCUCAGGCAAUUCCCUGCAUUCCUUAUGGUUGGAAUCCAAUUCCUUGGCAGUCAGGAUUUCCUGUGUCAUUUUACUCAACGCCGUCUUGCAAUCUGCAAUGGUUAUCAACCCCAUCAAUGAAUUCUGAUCAAUCUUCAUCAAAUUCUACUUCCCUAGGCAAACAUUCUAGGGAUGAGAAUGAGACUACUUUGAAGCUGUCUACCUCUGACAGAAGAGAUCAGUCAGAAGAAAAACAGUUACAUAAUUCAAGAGUUGUAAUACCAAAGACAUUGAGGAUCGAUGAUCCUUCCGAGGCAGCUAAGAGCUCGAUAUGGACUACUCUCGGGAUCAAGAACGAUCAUCACGUUGGUUCUUUCAACGGGAGAGUUUCGUUUUUUGGAGAGCUACAACAAGCUAAGGGUGUUAACCAGGGUAUUGAUACAUCCUCUUUGGUUUUGCAAACAAAUCCUGCUGCAUUCUCAAGAUCCCUGUCAUAUCAUGAAGUUGCACAAUGAGAAACUACUGAGUGAGUAGUAGUAAAUUUUCAUGUAAAAGUAUUAGAGGCAGAGUGAGAUUUGAUCAGUAUAUCUGUAACUUAGAGAAAUUUUACUGAGAUUGAGGAUACAUGUAUAUGUAUAUGUAUAUGCCAAAGUAGCUGCACGAAUGAGUGAAGAAAGGAAGGAACUAAGCUAGAAAUCUUGCCAUAAUAAUGGCUUCUUAUUAGCUUUGAUAAUCCUAUCCCCCUCCCUUCCUCAUGUAGUCAUGUUCCCCAACCUCAUACAUCUGAGUUUGUAUAUAUAUGUACAAUUUUUUGAAUAAAUAAUUUCAUCUGAUACUAUA